AUGGCUGUACUUUGGCAGCUCAAAACAUUUGCCGUGUAUAAGCAUAUAAAAGGGGCCUUUGCAAGUGACUUUGUUAACUUUUUCAGCAGACUUCCUUUGGGGGGUUUUUCUUUUAUUCUAUGCGUGCCUUUUAGCAACAUACGACGUCUUUGCAAAAUUCUACGUGGAACUGCAUCCCUACUUGUGCUUGACUCCACUACAUCAUUGCCUAAUCCUAAGGAGGACGCCGUUUUGAUUUUUACCAGACCACAAGUUGUGACCUUCUAUCCGGCAUCAAGUAAUUUUAUCUGGUCCCUAAGGAUUCAUACCUGUGAGAAUAAAAUUGCUCUAAUACAGGGCAGUACAAUUGAAUGUUAG